ACGUUGGCAGCAUUUCUACAAAAUUUGUCCUAAACUGCUAUUGAAAAUUUAUCCUCAUUUGUCCAAUUGUUUAUUUUUUGUCAACAAAUUAACGUCCGUAAAAUUUUUGUUGCAGUUAAUGAUUAACUAGUAACAAUUGAACGCUGAAUAAAAUUCUUGCAACUAACCUCAAAUCAUCAACAUGCUCCAUGAAACACUAAUUCACUUGUGGCACAAAUCUGAAGAAUCAGAGUUGUCAAAUUUAUAUGAACUACAGGAAUUUCUUCACCCUGGGGAGAAAGAACUGCUUCAACAUAUUAUGGAAAUAGCUUCUAACUACCACUGGAUUGUGGCGUUCUGUAAAAAAGUACAGCAAACUAAAACUACUGAUUUUGGCCAAGUGAAUGAAGGCAGUAUACAGCUAACUCCCCAUGGUUUAUAUAUUAAAGCGUUCGGAAAUGGGGUGCUCGAUGUUUUGGGGGAUUACCGAAAUGAGAUUGUUCGCCUGGAAGAGUCUUUUUUACAAAAUCCACAGUUACCGCUUACUUUCAUAUUCAGUUGUUUGGAAAAGUAUCAAGUUUUGUUUAAUAUGUUGAAGUCUGUUAUUGAUGUCUUACAAAAGGAAAAUCUGCACGGGUGUUUGUUAAUGGGGAGGUUGCAUAAGUACAUUUAUUGUGGUGUUGAUUGUAUUGUGAAUGCCGCUGAAAAGAUCACCCAUUCUUUUAAUGUUAUAUUCUAUCGACAUUUGUGUAAUUGGAUAAUAUAUGGAGAUCUAGUCGAUAUUGAUAAUGAAUUUUUUAUAUGUGAUGGAAAAUGUUGGGAUGAGGAUUUUUUGUAUCCUGAACAAAUGGAUGAAACUUCCAUGUGCAGUUCAUGGUCAGCUGUGGACAGAAUUAGGAACAGAAUCAGAAGACCUCCACCAGUAAGAAAAUUUUAUAUUAACUGGAACAUGGUCCCUAUGUUUGUAACAAUAGAUACAGCUGAAAGUAUACUCUUUAUGGGGCGGAUUGUGUGGAUUGUGCGAAACGACCCCAAAAGAGUAACAGACGAUCAAUAUCAAACUAAAUAUCGAAGAGACAUUUGGGAAGGAAAAGACAUAGAGUACUACAAGAAAAUUCAGGCUCUAGAGAAGCAAACUUUCGAUCAAGUGGAGUUUCAAAGAGCAAUAGAAGAAUGUAGAAUAAAAUUGACCAAAUAUUUGUGGUCAGUCAUGUUGGAUGAGGGCAAUUUAAAACAACACCUGCAACUCAUUAGAGACUAUUACGCACUAGGAAGAGGAGAGCUUUUCCAUCAGUUUAUAGCUGUGGCAGAAAAUCACAUAAAGAGUACAACGCUAGACCACAACGCUUACAAUUUAAAUUUCAUUUUUUUGGAAACUGCGAGGAAAAUAUAUGGAGAGAACGACAAAACGUACUUGCGCUUUGAGCUCAGCACUUCAAAGUCAGAAGCAACAAGCAACCCGUGGUCCAAAUUGCAGCUCAAUUUUGAAAUUAAUUGGCCACUACAUAUAGUGUUCCACCCAAAGUCGAUGGAACUAUAUAAUAAAUUAUUUUGCUACCUGUUAAGACUGAGCAAAACUCAAAUACAUUUAAAUAAGUUGUGGCAUUCACACAUGUCUGGGAAACAAAACAUAGAUCGCCGCGUGUGGACCUUACGCCAACACUUGAUUUUCUUAGUGAACAACCUACAGUAUUAUUUACAAGUAGAUGUGAUUGAAGCUCAAUUUUCUCUACUUUUAAAGGCGGUGGAAAACGCUAAUGAAUUUGAAGACAUUAUUAAAGUUCAUCACGAAUUUAUUAGUAAUUUGUUGGCGCAGACUUUUGUGUUGACGCCUGAUGAAGGUCACACAUACCAAAACAAACAUCACUUGCACCAAAUGCCUGCGGUGCAGUUUAAUGUACCCAGCAAGGUUUAUAACGUAAUCAUCCGUUUGUUGGAGUUGUGUGAUAGUUUUUGUGUCAUAGCCAGUACCUGGGGGAUUGAAUUAACUGAACCUGAAGUAAUGGAACUGGAAGAGUUCCAAAAACGUACAGAUACAAUUGUGGAAUCACUGCUUUUCAUUCUUUACAGACUGCAUGAAAAAGCAAACGGGCAACAUCUCUUACAAUUAUUGUAUCAGCUUGAUUUCAAUCGAUACUUUAGUAGGAGUAAGCCAGACUUUAACUUAACGCAUGGUUCAUAAUAUUUUGUGUAUAUUUGUCACUGCAUUGUAUAUAUUGUACAAAAAGAUAACUUAUAAUAAUUAUUGACUAUGCAACAAGUCAUCACAUUGAAGCCAUUUUUAAUAAAACUUAAUUACGGACAAUACUCAACCACCAUUAAGCCAUGUCCCAUUAUAACCCAGCGGACGUGACUUUUGAAAACAAGAAGUGAACACUCCACUCUUAGAAGGAAACCAGUUCAAAUAUUUAUUUUUUCUUCAUAACUUUCAUAAAUAAAACCAUAUCUGAAAAAGUGA